UUACUUAAUUAAACAGCUUAGUCUCUAUUGCUUAAUUAUUUUUUAAUUGAUUUCAUCUUCUCUUCAGUGAAAUAGAUGUAUUCCGAAAAGUCGCCAAGAAUAAAACAUCUCAAAUUCUUAUACGAAUAUGAAAAUCAUCCAACAAAAACAACAAAAACUUACUCCAACCAAUUCGCAAAACUUCUCCAUUUUACAUGGAGCCCGAUUGCCGUUUAGGAUUUUACAAGUUUGUGGUUUCUUUCCAUUGUCAAUUAAGUCCAAUCACAAUGUUGUUUUCUCGCCUAUUCAAAUUCAGUACAAGGCUUGGUUCAAAUCAGUCCCAACGCUAUGGCUUUUCGCCUUAAUUCUGACUAACAUAGCUCCGAUAUUUUUUGGAAUUUUCAUUGAACAUGAUUCACGAUUUAAGAUGCCGUCAACCAAUUCGUCAAAAGAUGGCCAAACGGUGUUCCAUAUAAUCAACAUGAUCUGGUACGUUUCUUCCAUUGUUGCCCCAAUUGGACUCAGGCUUGACAUGUUAUCUUGGAGGAGCCACUUUGUCUCAUUUUUUGACGACUUUGUGUCUGUGGUAAAAUCUCUUGAAAAUUGUACUAUUUUCACACCAUUAUUGCAAAAACACCAGAAAUCUGUCAGGAUACAAUUUAUUCUUCAUUUAAUCGCACAAGUCACGAUUACGAUAAUAUUUUCUGCGAUAACUACAAGUUACUCGUUAGGAUCAGUAGGGGAAGAGUCCGCAUUUAAAUUUAACGUUGUAGCAGCUCUACAAAACUUGUCUUUCACCCUGAAUGUUAUUUUGAUAAAUUUUGGAUUGCAUGCCCUAAUAUAUUUCGUGGCCAAUUAUAAAUUAAUUAUGAUCCUACUUUUAGCCAUGCUGCGGAACAAGUGGCAACACAAUGAGGCCAGAAGUGUACACAAGUUUGAAAACAUUAUAAAUUUGUACUUUUCUUUAGAAGAAAAUGUGCAAGAAUUUAGCUCUAUUUUUGCAAAUAUACUUAAUAUAUAUGUCUUAUUCAGUUUAGGAUAUCUAUUAUUCUGCAUGUAUUUUAUUCUUAUCCUUAGUAAGAUUAAGAGCUAUUUAUUGUGUUGGAUAACCGUUGCGCAAUUGUUACGCUUUACUUGUUACUUUUACUGGUUGGCAAAUAGUGCGAGUGAGUUGGAGGAAAAGAGUAAAGUAUUUUGUAAACUGCCAAAACGCAUGUAUUUUAAUAAAGGAUCUAGCUAUGCAAAUUUUGGGAAAGAUAUUGCGGCUGUAAAGUUGGGAAAGUUGUGGGGGGACGAGAAUAGCCAUGAUUCAAGGCGGUUUAUGUCCCUCGAUCCAAUUACAAUCGGGAACUCAGUACUGGAUUUGAAUUUACGUCUUCUCUUGUCGAUGAUUGCAGCAAUCGUGACAUAUUUGGUGAUAAUUGUUCAGUUUCAAGCGAUCGAUAUGGCGUAAUACAGCAAAUCAGAUGAAUCAGUUUUUAUUUUGCUAAUAUUGCAUGUCAUGUCAUUAAUUAAUUCAAUAAUUGGGAUACAUAAUGCAUAAUCGGACAUAGCGCAUAUUGAGACAGUGUGAUAAACAUGAAAAAUGUUUUUUUCGUUUUUUUUGUUUAUAAUUUAUAGCUAAUUUAUUGUAAGUUUGUAGAUGUGUAUACUUAUAUUAGCUACAUUAAAUUGUAAUAGAUUUUAAUCAUAAUUUAUAAAAUAAAUUUUUACAGAAGAACAAUAAACAUGAGACACAUGAAACAUGAGACAUUUCACUUGUGCAUAUAUGAGACAUCUGAAUGUGCAAUGUGAGACGAAAUGAGAAGGAUCUGCAAAUCUGGAAUUUACUAAAUCGUUCAGCUUUGACAAUGACAAAUUGUCAUUGACAAUGUUUGUCAAUAAUGCAUUUAUAAGCACAUUACAAUUAAAUACAAUUAAAUUAGCUUGUUCAAUUGUAUUAUACAACUUAAACAAU